AUGGACAUUUAUCUAAACUUGACCGAGAUAUUCUCUAAAGAAUCUCGGUUGAAGAAUCCUCUUGCUGCCGAAGAGCUAAAAAAGAACAAGAAGAUCAUUGUUGAAGAUGAGAUCGAUGUGAAGUAUAAAUCAUUUAAGAAAUUUGAUACUGUUAAAGAACACUCGGAUCACUAUUUCAGCAUCCUAGAGCAUCUCGAUGGUGUUCCGUCUUGUCAGGAAAUUAAGAUCAACUUCUGCACUUGGCAUAAUUCUGCAUAUCUAGAGGAUUCAAUUAUCCAAAACAUGUGCAUCCGUACUACGCCUGAAGAACUGGAGGAUUUCAGUACUCCGGACUUCACAAUUUACAAUGUUGGCCAGUUUCCAUGUAAUCGAUACACACACUACAUGACUACCUCCACCAGCAUUGAUCUUAAUCUUGAUAGGAAAGAAAUAGUCAUCCUUGGCACACAGUAUGCCAGGGAGAUGAAGAAGGGUUUGUUCGGUGUGAUGCACUAUCUAAUGCCUAAAAGAAACAUUCUCUCCCUGCACUCUAGCAACAAUAUGGGCAAAGAUGGUGAUCUUGCCCUCUUCUUUGGACUAUUAGGUAAGUGUUUGUCGGACGAGAUUCUGGCGCAUCACCUGCCCAUUGAAUGGCACAGGGAAAACUACUUUGUCUACGACCACAACAGACUUCUUAUUGGCGAUGAUGAGCAUUGCUGGAGUGAAAAUGGUAUUUCAAACAUUGAAGGAGUGUUGGAAAACAUCGUUUUCGAUGAACACACUAGGGAAGUAGACUACUUUGAUAACUCUAUUACAGUGAACACUCGAGCUUCAUAUCCAAUUGAGUAUAUUCCUAAUGCGAAGAUACCGUGUGUUGGUCCGCACCCUAAGAAUGUCAUCCUCUUGGCAUGUGAUGCUUUUGGCGUGCUUCCACUAGUUAGCAAACUUGCUUUACCCCAAACAAUGUAUCACUUCAUCAGUGGUUACACUGCUCUGGAAGAAAUGGAGUCGAUUGAGUAA